UUUUAAUUCCGUGCAACACUAAUGCCGUUGCAUGAUGUGUAUAUAAGUUGGACAAGAGGGUGGCAGAAGAGCACCAUCACUACACCAUCUUCUCCAAGCCUUUGAGAGAGUUGACAGAUUGAAGGCAUGGAGAUUGAGAGAGAAACUACUGGCGAUGAGAGAGCGAGGAGCUGGAGAGCUAAUGUGGCGCAAGAAGAUUCUAAGAAGCUUGAAGACAAAGAUCAGUUGACCAAGGAGCCUUCAUGGAAAAGGUUCCUGGCUCAUGUUGGACCAGGGUUUAUGGUGUCUUUGGCAUACUUGGAUCCUGGAAAUUUGGAGACGGACCUGCAAGCCGGAGCAAAUCACAGAUAUGAGCUCCUUUGGGUGAUUCUCAUUGGUCUCAUCUUCGCAAUGAUCAUACAAUCGCUAGCAGCUAAUCUUGGAGUGGUGACAGGGAGGCAUCUUGCUGAGAUAUGCAAGAGUGAGUAUCCAAAGUUCGUGAAGAUAUGUCUUUGGAUACUUGCAGAGGUGGCCGUGAUUGCUGCAGAUAUCCCAGAAGUUAUAGGGACGGCAUUCGCUUUCAACAUCUUGUUCCACAUCCCGGUGUGGGUUGGGGUCCUCAUCACCGGCUCCAGCACGCUCCUGCUUCUUGGACUACAAAAAUAUGGGGUGCGGAAGCUGGAGUUUCUGAUCUCGAUGCUGGUGUUUGUGAUGGCGGCGUGCUUCUUCGGGGAGCUGAGCAUCGUGAAGCCUCCGACGGUGGAGGUCGUGAAAGGGCUGUUCAUCCCUAGGCUCAAGGGCCCUGGCGCCACCGGAGACGCCAUCGCCCUCCUUGGAGCUCUUGUCAUGCCACACAACCUGUUCUUGCACUCUGCGCUGGUGCUGUCGAGGAAGACGCCCCCAUCAGUAAGAGGAAUCAAGGACGCCUGCAGGUUUUUCCUCUACGAGAGCGGGUUCGCGCUGUUCGUGGCGCUGCUGAUCAACAUCGCCGUCGUCUCCGUCUCCGGGACCGUCUGCUUCUCCAGCAACCUCUCCACCGAAGACGCCGAGAAAUGCAGCGACCUCUCGCUCGACUCAUCGUCCUUCCUCCUCAAGAACGUCCUGGGCAGGUCAAGUGCGAUCGUGUACGGUGUGGCCCUCUUGGCGUCUGGGCAGAGCUCCACCAUUACAGGCACAUACUCUGGCCAGUACAUCAUGCAGGGGUUUCUGGACAUCAGGAUGAAGAAGUGGCUGAGGAACCUGAUGACCCGCUGCAUCGCCAUUGUGCCGAGCCUAGUCGUCUCCAUCAUCGGCGGCCCCAGUGGCGCCGGCCGUCUUAUCAUCAUUGCCUCGAUGAUACUGUCCUUUGAGCUGCCGUUUGCCCUCAUCCCACUUCUCAAGUUCAGCAGCAGCAGCAGCAAGAUGGGGCCCUACAAAAACUCCAUCUACAUUAUCGUGUUCUCGUGGCUGCUGGGGCUGCUCAUCAUCGGCAUCAACAUGUAUUUUCUGAGCACGAGCUUCGUGGGCUGGCUGAUCCACAAUUCCCUCCCCAAAUACGCAACCGUGCUCGUCGGCAUCGUCGUCUUCCCGCUCAUGCUCAUCUACGUCUUCGCCGUCAUCUACCUCACCUUCCGGAAGGACACCGUGGUCACGUUCGUCGCCGACUCCUGCCAGGCCGACGCCGAGAAGGCCAAGGCGGCUGGCGAGGACGACGACGAUCCCGUGCCGUACCGACAGGACCUGGCGGACAUCCCUCUCCCGCAGUAGAGAGGCUAGAGUCUAGCUAGUAUAUAUGUACUGUUACUCAUACGGCACGGCACGGCACGUGCCAACCGUUGGUUUAUCUUUGGACGGUUCUGAUUGCUCGUAGACGGAUACAUUUGAGGUGGGCCAUGCAUAUAGCUGUGUCGUUCAGUUAGCAUUUUGCAAUCGGAGGUACGGUCCUAAGAGUAUAUAUGUAUCUUAGAUUCAUACAGGGUUUAAUAUAAUCAUUUAUAGUGGGUGUCGAGUGUAAA